CAGGUGCAAAUGCUCCCUAUCCCAUCUCGACCUCCCUCCCCCACUCCGCGCACCUCACCUCAUCCUAUGUCACAGCGCCGCCCAUACCGUGACUUCUCCACCUUUGCAUAAUUUCACAACUUCACCGACCAUUUGCGACAAUACCCAACCUAAAAAAAGCACGGAACAUAUUCUCUUAACACCCAGCAAUACACCAGAGCCGUCGACAGAGAACAUAUCACAUCCUUUCCGUCACCAUUCGAGCUUCCGCCCGUCUACACGACUACUUUGCCCCGCCUUCGGUUGCUCAUUGCCCUCCUCUAUUCCUUUCCGUCACUGGCCGCCUACCUUCGCAAUGGCCGAUAACAACAUUACCGAAGACUCAAGUCUCUCCCCAAAACAGUCUCCGUCUAUUCCAACUCCACUACAGCCAAUUGGGAAUGUUGCAAGCCCGCGAUCACCACCGCCCACCGGUCUGAAGAUAGGCUCGCCGAACCCAAACUCACAUACCCCCAGUGCUCACCGUUCAAGCUUUGCGGAGAAUAUGCGCGGCAUUCCUCACAGCCCACGAGCAUCAAGACAGCCCAGCUUGACCCAACAAGCUCUUCAGGAUCUCCUAAAUAACCCUCCGAAUAAGAAUGCAGACCCCAAGUUCAUAGGGAGAGACUGGAAAAGCAUUAGGAUUGGAGAGGUUGUAGAUAAGGGUCUAGUGAGAUGGGUGGAGGACGGAACAAGUGUCGAGGAAGCUACGAAUUUACUCGUUGAAUCCGGUGCACCUAACGUCGUUCUUCUUCGAGAGUCAAAAGAAUCCCAGACCGCGACUGGAACCUUCGAUUACAGCGAUCUGAAUGCCUACCUCCUACUCGUCGUUGGACUGGCUCACCCAUCUGAGGAUGAAGUCGCAUCCUUCGACCAACUCGCCAAGAAGGGGCGAGAAGGCAAGCCUAUCCCAUUGAAAGAUGUCAAAGAGCUUGGAAAGAAGGAACCAAUGAUAUUUCUGCCUCAUACUGCGGAUUUGACGAAGGCAAUGGAGGUAUUCGGCAGUGGAGUGCAUCGAGUGCUAGUGGUUGAGGAGCAUACAACAAACGUUGUAGGUGUCCUCACACAGCUCCGAAUGGUGAAGUUCUUCUGGGAGAAUCGCUCUGCUUUCCCAGCGGUUGAUCAAUUGUAUCCGCAGCUGAUCAAGGAUCUGCACAUCGGCUCGCAGACAGUUGUUGCUAUAAAUGGUGACAAGCCCUUGACCGACGCGCUAGAGCUCAUGCACAACGAGGGGAUCAGCUCUCUGCCCGUCCUUGACGCUCAAAAUAAUGUCAUUGGUAACAUCUCUCACAUCGACGUUCGCCUGCUCACCAAGUCAACAUCUCUUCCACUUCUACGCUCCUCCUGCAUCCACUUCAUUUCUGUUAUUCUUACAGAACGCGGCGUGAAUGACGGUAAAGACUCUUUCCCCGUCUUUCAUGUCACACCAGUCUCAACUGUCGCCCAUACGGUCGCGAAGCUCGUUGCCACCCGUUCUCAUCGAAUGUGGGUCGUAGAGACACCAUCACCAGCCUCUUCUGGACCUCCAACGCCAGCUGCAACGCCCGCUAUUCUUGUCCCACCUUCCCCCAUUACGCCCCUCCCCUCGGCCCAACAGCCAUUUGCCCAAGGUCCUCCCACCUCUCCCCACCUCUCCUCAUCAGCUGCCGCACCCGCGCCUGCUAUCUCUGCAGCCUCCAUCCCUGGCGCAAGCCUCUCUGGUAGACUCAAUGGUGUGAUCAGCUUGACAGACAUCCUCAAUCUCUUCGCCAGGGCAAGCGGCCUGCAUCCCCACGACCCCGAUGAGGCGAGACGCGCUAGGCGGAGAUCUAGCAGCUCUUCCAUGCGUCGCAGCAUCGACAGCUCACGAAGUGAAAGCAUGAGCGGCAGGAGGGGCAGCAUCAGUGAGCGGAGCCAAGCCCAAGGCUUAGGCAUCAUCCGUGGAAGGGGGAGCACAGCCGAGAGAGGAGGGCAGCAAUAGUGUGCUCUCUUCCAUGUGGCACAAUGAAAUGAACGUCGAUUACGAAAUGAAUUUUAACAGAAAAAAGCAUAUUAAGGACUCCACACUGUCUGAUCCAAUUCACUUUUGCGCUACUAUGGAAGUCUUUGUUUUUCCCCGUCCCCUUCCCCUUCCCACCCGUUCAACGAGUCAAUUGCGUGUUUUACUUUGCGAGAUGUGCGGCGUUUCUCUUUUUGGGCGGUAUCACAUGUGUUUACUUCAUUUCUUUACUUCCCUUGCUCAAUCUAACGGGUGGAAGGAUAUGUUUUCCCCUUUCCUAUAACGAAAGCCAGGACAACCUGGCGACAGAAUGGAAUUUUUCUAGAAUAUGUUUUUUUUUGUAAGCAUGGGACUGCAACAGGGCGGGGAAGGGAAAGCAAUUAUCAUGAGAUUAUGAGAGUGACGCAAUUGAAAUAAUAAUUUCA